UCCCUCCAUCAAAGACGAUUCCAUUGGAGCGUGUUGCUUUCACACUGACAAGUCCAGCGUAUGGAAAUGUGGCUAUUCUUUUCUUGCUGUUGCCUUUUAUAUGUGCGACUUUAACUAGGACUCUUUCUCCGGUGCCAACUCUAUUUCAUCUCUCACUCUCUCUUGCCUUCUUCUGUGAGUGACAAUGGAAGCUGGACUUCCAAUGCUUAACUGUCUCCUGCAGCACACGCUACGGAGCUUGUGUUCAUAUUCGGAUUCUUCUCCUCCUUCAAAGUGGGUUUAUGCUGUAUUUUGGAGGAUACUGCCUCGUAAUUAUCCGCCACCUAAGUGGGAUUAUGGAGGGAGUGCACUUGAUCGUUCCAAAGGAAACAAAAAGAACUGGAUGCUUGUCUGGGAAGAUGGUUUUUGUGAUUUCCAUGAAUGUGAACAUGCUGGAAGUGGCUAUGUAAAUGGAAGGUUUGGAGCUGAUAUAUUCUUCAAAUUGUCGCAUGAAGUUUAUAAUUAUGGAGAAGGGUUAGUAGGGAAAAUUGCAGCAGAUAACAGUCACAAAUGGGUGUAUAAAGAAACCCCAAAUGAUAAUGAUCCUAACUUCAUCUCCUCCUGGAAUUUGUCUAUUGAGCCUCAGCAACCUAGGGCGUGGGAAUCUCAGUUCAAUUCAGGCAUUCAGACAAUUGCCAUAAUUUCCGUCAGAGAAGGGAUUAUUCAGCUAGGUUCAUUGGACAAGAUGGUGGAAGAUCUUAAUCUGGUGAUCAGCAUACAGAGGAAAUUCAGCUAUCUCCAGAGUAUACCUGGCGUCUUUGCCAUUCAAAGACCAUACUUACCAAUUCAACAUCCAUACGCCCUCAAACCGAAUAACCUGUUGUCUGUAAACCAUGAAACAUCAAUCUGUCAUGAUGACAAACGCCGGUUAGGUGGAAUGAAAAGAUUGGUUGAUGAAAGGCCAGAGGAUUCUCCGAUCAAAUCAAUCAGCUUAGGUUGGAACAGCCCUCAAAAUGGAAUUAUAGGACCACCCUUUUGGUCAAUUCCACCCCUUGUUCCUACUGUAUCUUGCAGUCUUGGAGCUUUGUUAUCCAAGCUGCCUUCUGUCUUCCCAUCUUAUAAUGCCAUUGAACCUCCUGAAAUACUCAUCAACCACCCCAACACUGCAAGCCAGAGAGGAAGGGAUGAUAAUGGAGGCUCAGUAGGUGAAAUUCCCAUAGUCGAGUCAAAAACAGAACCUUCAAGUCAAUUGGAAGCUGCUGAUCAGGAGAAGCCAAGACCUGUUAAAGCUAAUUUAGUGCUACAAGAAGAUGCUGUAAUACAACUGGGAUUUGGACCUCUCAAAGACUGACGAGGACAUAGUUUGAACUCUGAAGCUUAACUAAUUAAGAUAAUCAAAAUAUAUUAUUAUCAAAAUGAUAUGAUUUAUCUCCUUUUUGUUCAUGUAGUUGUUUCUGCAUCACUUUCUUAUGCUCGUGUCUAUAAAAUAUUAGAGUUAUUUAA